AACAGUGUAUUGUCAAUACAAAGGUAAGGUAGUCUUUGUAGCAUAUCAACUCUAGCUAUCGACGGAUAUUGGUUGAUGAUAUGCUCUCGUGACCUUUUCAAUAUUUUUGGAUGACCCCUGAUUUGAUUGAUGUUUUAUCUUUUAAAUAGGCAGUUCCUUGUAUCGAUUUUAGACGAUAAGUAAUUUAUUUAACAUCCGCCGAAGUAUACCUUAGAUACGGGGUCUGUUUGGACAGACGUGCGUAGUACAGUAUUAUAAACAACAUGCGUAGCUUGACGUCGUCGACUUCAACCGAACGCUUAUCAGUGAUAAUGAAAGUGAAUCUGACAUAACAACGGAGAGAGAUUUGAUUACAAUUCCGGAUUCUUAAUUUAAACGUAUUGAGAAUUUAAAGGGAAAGGAUACUCCAGAGGAUUUUUUCAGGAUAUUGUCCUGGUUUUGUGAUUUCAAUUUGGUCAGAUUCACUGCAUUUAAAGACUAAUAAUGAGGAAUGGCAACUAUGAAUCCGAGGAUGAGGGGGGAGUGGAGCCUCAUUAUCAGCAAGGAUCGACUAGAGGUCUCUAUACAUAUGUAUAUGUAAAUGGGGACGAACAUUUUCUACCAAAGAAACUUCUAGUCAAUCCUAAACGUGAUCGGACAUAUAAUGCAUUUCUGGACUACGCUACAAAAGUCUUAAACCCAAGAUAUGGUGCUGUACGAAACAUUUAUACCCCUGAAGGAAGACAUCGUAUUCGAGGAUUCGAAGACAUGCAACCUGACGGGAGAUAUGUGGCCUGUGGCAGAGAACGAUAUAAGAGAUUAGAUAGACCUUAUACACAAAUUGAAGCACCAAGUCCACGACGGAGAAAUCGCCAUAGUAAUAGAGAUGAACGGCUUAUACCAGCACACCACAAUAAACAUUUAGAGAAUGUUACCGGCAAAAUAUCCCAAAUUCCAACUCAGGGUAAAGCAAUUGAAGUUUUUGUAAAUGGGCAGGAUAUUGAUAAGCCAACAACUGUUGGUUUGUCUUAUAGACAGUUGGAAAAUAUGACUGAGGCAAUAAAGGUUGUUCAUGAAGCCAUUAGAGAGAAACAUCAGUAUCGGGUAGACCAGAUUUGUGAUUUAGAGGGCCAUGUUGUAACAGAUGUAAACCAAUUAGAAACUGGAGGACUCUAUGUAGCCAAAAAUUCUUAUCACACAUUCAAGCCGGGUAGAUACGAACCUCAUGGGCGUAAAAAUAUUAUUGUUCCAUUAUCACCUAGAGACAAACAACAAACAAAAUACUUAUGGAAAGAAAGAUCUACUUUUGGCGGACCAGGGGACUACAGAAGACCUAGAACGCUGCCACCAAUAAACAGUCAAAAGAAACACUCACCAGACCAUUCUGUUAGUUCAUAUCCAGAAACUAGAAAAAGAAAUCAGGUGAAUGGUGUUCCAGUGAAAGCAGCAAAACACACGAAACGAACUCCAAAACAGGCAGAUUACGAUAAAGAUGAUGGUGGUGUAUUUAAGGCCAAAGGUCAAAGCAGAGACACAAGGGGCGCAAAAGAGGUGCGUGAUAAUGGCGACACGAAAGUAGAUCUUCCAAUUGACCAAGUUCGAGCAGAGGAAGUUAAAGAAGAGGAGAACUUAAUCGAUGAAACUGAAGCUAAAGUUCCAAGUGGCGUGGAACUAAGUCGUCAGCCAUCUGAGUCUUCAGAGCAACAGGAUGAAAGGAUAAAGAAAGAGAGACAAGGAAAGGAUAUAAACAACAAGCCACCCACAAAGCAGGCAGAUCACUCGCACAGCAAGACGAUGCAAAAUGGUGACAGGUCGCAGGCAGAUCAUUCGCACAGCAGGACGAUUCAAAACGGUGAUAGGUCACAGGCAAAAGGGGAUCAGAGUAAACCAGUCGUCAACAAUUCUCAAAACAAAACUGUGCAAAAUACCAAACAAAGCACCUACAAGUCAAACAGUAAAGCACCCCCACCUAAUACCACAAAGAAUGAUGUAAAAAAACAGGAACCCCUUAAGGAUAAUGAUGUAAAAAAACAGGAACCCCCUAAGGAUAAUAAAAAUUAUAAAAAUCAUGAUUCUGUGCGUUCUUCAACACCAAAAGAUAACAAAGCUGCCCCUCCGUCUAAGUCGCCAGCAGACAAAAGGUCUAUUACUCCAGCCAAGUCACCAGUAAACAACAAGGCUGCCUCCCCAGCCAGAUCACCGUCACCAACGAAGGACAAGAAGGAUCCAACACCUCAUGAGGAACACCAGGCUGCAACAAAAAUACAGGCCAAUUACAGAGGUCACCAGGCCAGAAAAGAGGUGAACGACUUAAAGACGAAGAAGGAAACAGAUGAAAAAAAGAAGAAAGAAGAUGAGCAGAGAGCCAAACAAGCCAAGGAAGAAAAUCAAGCCGCAACAAAGAUUCAGGCAGGUUUCCGGGGCCAUCAAGCUCGCAAGGAAAUCAACCAGAAAAAACAGGAAUCAGACGCCAGUGGACAGAACAAUUCUGGAACUGUUCCCCCACCUAUGCACAAUGCACGUCCUGCACCUAAUGGAGCAAAGCCAGGGUCAACAGAUUCUAAACCUGACACCAAACCCACCCCAGGCACUGAUGCCAAAAAUACACCAAAUGUAAAAGACACUAAAGGAUCUGAUCCAAAUAAAAAGACUGAUGUUAAUACAGGGGACGAUGUGAAAACUUCUGGACCAGACACCAAACCAGCAGACCCUAAUGCUAAACCAUUAGCGGGUCCAGAUGCCAAGCCUUCUGGUCCAGACAGUAAACCUCCUGCUGGGGAUAGUAAAAAGCCUCCUGUUGGUGACAGUAAUCCAGCGACAGGGGAUAAUAAACCCCCAGCUGGAGAUAAAAAGCCACCUCCUGGGGAUAGCAAGCCCCCUGCUGGUGAUAACAAGCCCCCUGCUGGUGAUAACAAACCCUCUGCUGGUGACAACAAACCCCCUGCUGGAGAUAACAAACCCCCUGCUGGGGAUAACAAACCCCCUGCUGGGGAUAACAAGCCCUCUGCUGACCCUAACCAACAGCCAACUGAUAAUAAGCCCACAGCUGGCCCAGAUUCUGGACCUGAUAAUAACGCUAACACUUAACACAACUUAUAAAAAAAUGUUUUGAAAUUAACCAUAAUGUGUAUGCAAAGAAUACAUGGCUGCUAAUGUUAAAUUAUAUGCUGCUGUACAAAUGUCUAACUUAUUUAUAAAUAGCUAUCGCCAUGGUAACAGUUGAUAUGUUAACAGUCAGGGUAAAGGGUAUGUUUGAAGUGAAGCACUGACCUGUUACUAUGGCUACUGCUUGUGUUUGCUGUGUUGGUGUGUGUUGACGCAUUUUUAUUUUCUGUUUUUCUCUAGGAAGCGAAUUGAGAAGGACAGCGCAAUUGGGCUUUGGAACAGGACUCCACAUUUCACUCAUCACUGUGUGUUGAAGAAGGAGGUACUAAUCCCAGACUAUUAUUUUGUAUAUAGCUAUCAUAUCAUAUAAUUUAUAUGUACAUGGACAAUAAAUUUUGUUACUUUGUCGGAACUCUGUCAUGUAUGUGCUCAGUUAGAUAAAAAUAGGCCAGACACACAUAUCUUUAAUUGGAAAAAUUUAAACUAAAAAAAUUGCAAAUUUGAAAUAAAUUAAAGUUUUGAUCCCAUUAUGAAAAAAAGAUUUACAUUUAAGUUUUGACUAAUUACCAAAAAGGUUGACUUUUUGUCGAAUAUUUAAAAAUUGAAGUAGUCUACUGUGAUAUCCGUUUUUUUUGGUGAGGAAUUUCAAAUUGUAUGACUAUAAAACAGCAUUGUGUAAAAAAUGCAUAAAUGUAUAUAAGCUGCCUUAAAGAUUCUGUUUUAUUUAAAAUCGCCUUAAUCAUUAGGUAUUCCAUGGCCAUUAGUGUUUUUAUUGUAGUUAGGACACAGAGCACUAAACAAUCAUUGUUAUAUUUUUCUGUUAUUUAAUACAUUCCCCUUUUUGACUUCUUCACAUUAGAGGUAAAUUAAUCUGGAUUGAAAUGAUCUGAAUCAAGUAAACAUUCUUGUGGAUUUUAUUUUGAAAUUCAUGUUUUUGGAGAUACAACAUUGGUUGUUUAAAGCCAACAUUUUAGAAGUUUAAAUUUUAAUAUAUACAUGUAACCGCAUUGUGGUGUAACCCACACACAGUUGUCAUAGAAACAAAAUUUCAAUGAGAUUAAUUUCCUUGAUGUGAAUCGGCCAUUGUUUAUAUAUAAAUGUUUUCAUAUUAUAAAUAUUAUAUUUACAUAUAUAUAAAAAAUAUAUUGAAUACACAUUUCCCCUGUUAUCUGUGAUAUGUAUAUAGAUAUAUAGUUUUUUUCUGUUUUAUUUUUAUUUUUCUCAUACCCACUUUACCUAUAAGAGUAUACAGAAUGUCCGUCCUGUUUCUUAUUAAUAAGUACUAGGUAUAACCUAUAGAAAUUAAAAGUAGAAAAAAUAAUAAUGUUAGGGGAUAGUAUACAAGUGAUUUUUAUUAAAUGUGAUAUAGAACAUAUUUAGAAGUAAUCCGUCCUUUUUUUUUAGUAAUUUUUAUUUUGUUUCAAAUGACUUAACUUUAUUCUGUGCAAUUUAAAUACGUAAACAUAUUAUUGAUGUACAAAACCUUACCUAAUAUCAAUUUAUGCUUUAAAUGUGAUAUUUUACCAAAUUUUUUUAUAUACUGAAGAUUUUUUUCUGUUUAGGGAGCAUGAUUAUGAUAAUUAAUGCAGUAACCAUCGUAACCAGUAAAGAGAUAUAUUUAAUCUAUUAAUAGCUUGCUUUGAAGCAUGGAAAUUAAUUCCUAAGAUUAGCUUUUGCUUAGAAUGAAGUAACAUUGCUUAACAUUUUAUAGGAAAAUCAUUUUUGCUCAAAUUGAAUAAAAAGUGAUGCCAUGCCCUAUGUCUAUAUCAGGUUAUUUUCGAGUGGAUUUUUUUAUGAAAUAGACUAAAUGGCGUUACUACUAGAUGGUAUGAUAUGAUUAAUGUUUAUGGUAUUGUACAAGUUUAAUACAAAAUGGGGAGUUUUGGAUUCGUAAAUGUUACAAAAUAAAAAUAUUUAUGGUAAAGUGUCAGCGUAUGAAGUAUUAAUUCAGUAUUCAUUGAAUUUGUUCAAACUUUUCAAAUAAACAGCCCCUUUCUAAACACAAAGUUUAUAUCUUUCCAUAUUUGUGAUAUUUUUGUACAAAUUAAAAAAAAAUGAUAAAAGGGGGUUGGCGUACAUAAAGGUCUCAGAAAGAAGCAUAUAGGCUUUUAUAAAUCAUCAAAGCCUUAAGAAAACCAGGACAAUCUGUGAAAAUCUGUGAUUAGAUUUGUUUGUUUAUAUUGUUUUAUUUCCGUACAUUGUUUUUGUUAGAAUUAAGGAGGAUACAUUCCAGAAACCCCAACUUUUUAACAGUGAUAUUAAAUUAUGGGAAAAAUAUAUUUUUGAAUUCAAAUUUUGUAAAUGUGUUAUAUGUAUAUGAAUAAAAGGAGAUAUAGAUGUGGAUAUUUAUAUCUAAACAGCUUUUAAUGUUGAUGUUGCUUAAGGAAUUUUAAAGCUUCUAGAUUAUCACCAUCAAGCAGCAGACGACCUUAAUCAGGUUAUUUGAAUUAAUUUCCUCCCAACGAUUGACCUCAUUUUGUCAUUGAAAAAAAAAAUAUUUGAAAAAUUUAUUCGGAAAACAUCUUGAUCAGUGAUACAGUUUAAACUCUUGCCUUUCGCAUUUCUCAUUAUGAUUAGAAGACAAGUUUUAAAAUCUCAAUCUCAAGUUUAGAUUAAAUGUAGAAAUUAUACAAUAUUUUCUCUAAUCCAUGUACUGAUUAGUACAGCAUUAUUUUUUUCAGCCAAAAAUCUUAAUUAACUUCUAUACUAGUUGGCCUCAGUAUCCAAAAUUUUAAUAUUCACAUUUUUUUCCUUGUAGAAAAGGUUUAUAUCUGCCUUUUAUUCUUUGUUGUUUUUUUUAUAUAUCUUUAUUUGUAAUUUUAAAUAAAAAUGUAUGUUUAGUUACUUUUAUCUGCAAAAUGUUAAUAAACUCUUAUCCCAGAUAUUUUUACAAACAUUUCUUUUUGUUCAGUAUUCUUUUGUAGUAUUGUCUGUUCAGAAAUUCUGGAAACGAAUAAAUUGGUAUGCAAGAAA